AAAACCCCUUUGGUUGGGUCAUCAAGUGCUGCCAACAUCAAUCCAAAUGUCAUCUGUCAUUCAAGCGAGGAAAAUAAAAUUUCCCUAACCCAAAAUCUUUUUCGUGUCGUCCAUUUCGACGUGUGCACGUGUUUUUGUGUAGUGCCAGCGGUAAAUUAAAAUUUCACGAUGGCACCGAAAGGUAAUAAUAUGAUCCCUAAUGGCCAUUUCCACAAGGAUUGGCAGAGGUUCGUGAAAACCUGGUUCAACCAGCCCGCACGUAAAUUCAGGAGGCACCAGACUCGUGUGAAGAAAGCCAGGGCCAUCGCCCCCAGACCAGCUGCCGGACCAUUGAGGCCAGUCGUGAGGUGCCCCACAGUCCGUUAUCACACUAAGGUACGAGCUGGACGUGGUUUCACCCUGAGAGAGCUUAAAGCCGCAGGAUUGAACCCCAGAUUUGCCAAGACUGUUGGAAUUGCUGUAGAUCCACGCAGGAGGAACAAAUCAGUCGAAUCAAUCCAAGUUAAUGCUCAACGUCUUAAGGAAUACAAAUCUAAAUUGAUUCUGUUCCCAGUGCACAAGAAGAGCAAGUUGCGUGCAGGUGAAGCCACAGAAGAAGAAAGGAAGGUUGCCACUCAACUUCCUGGCGAAGUUUUGCCAAUCAAACAGGCUGCCAUCAGGUCCAAGGCUCGUGUGCCCACUGAAGAAGAGACCAAGUUCAAUGCUUAUGUUACAUUGAGGAAAGCACGUGCUGAUGCUAGAUUGGUUGGAAUCCGUGCCAAGAGAAUUAAGGAUGCCGCCGAAAAUCCUGAAGAUGUAACCAAGGCUGGUAAAGAAAAGAAACAACCGAAAACUAAAUAAAUAACUUAUCUACAAAAUAAGUUUUUUUUGUUUUUAUAAUAUAAGACUAAAACUUACGAUUGGCGUUAUUUUUCUCAGAAUAAAAACUCCAAACACAAAAAAGUAA